GGUAUAUGACGUGUGUCGGGGUGCUAAUUUUAGCUAUCAACGGGAAAUUAGGCUACACGGAUCACGUGAUGUAUUUAUACACGGGCGUUCUAAAAACUAUUAAUAAUUUAAAAAACAAGGCCCUAAGUUUCAGCAGAUGGUUACAUAUUUGAAUAUAUAAAUCUGGUUGUUUUCCCUGAUGAUUCCAGUCAUUUCCCUCAGAUUUCAAAUUUACAUUUACAGCUGUUUAAAUGCACUUUAGUAUCCCAAAACGACUUGAUCAAUCAACUCCAAUGAAGACAAUGCUGAAACCACGCAUUACCAGAGAAGAUGGGACAACCAUGGUUUAUGUCUGGUAUUCCUAUAUAUAAAAGAGCCCUAUUUGCUUCUGCACAAAUCACUCCUGGCACAUAACAGUUUCAUACAGACGCUUACUUUGUAACACGUCAAUUAAUGAAUUCAUCACUUGCUCUUUCACCAUUUAUGUAGCAUCUUUUUCUUCUAGUGAAUUGAAUAUUGUUCUAUUAAACUCCCCGAUUUAUAUGGAAACCGAAAUGUGCAGCAGGGCCGAAGCCAUUCUGCAUAGACGGCUGUGCACCGCUGCUCUUUGUACUGAAGGACACCAAAACAGAUCAUUUUUGUUAAGCAAAGCGGUAUUCAGCCAUGUGAUUUAUGUAUUAAAAGCAUCCAAUUUCCAGAAAGGACUCCAGAGGGAGCCAACAUGCAGGUCUUAAUCAGCCAUCCAACACAAGGCCGAGUCUGCUGAUGCCUGGGUCCUUGGAUAUGAGGUUAGCAAGCUUUAGCUUUACCUCUGCCUCUCAUUGCAUAAUAGAAAAUGCCUCUCAUGCUGUUAGGUGAGCAGCACACACUACCUCUGUCAAAGACCCACCUUAUUUCCCCUCUCCUGACGCUUUAUACAGGUUGCCCUCAGAGGUUCCCACCUCUCCCGUAGCAUAGCUAGGAAAGGUGGGGUACCCCACUACAAACACCACUUUUGCUGGCAUCAUAAAACAUUCACACACCACCUUGAAGGGAAAAGCAUUUAUGAGCUUCUUUCACAGGAGACAUUUUGAUUUAGUAACAACAGCAGGGUUGAAUAAUAAAGAGAACAAUGUCUAAAUUCAAUUUAGCCUGGUAUUGUGAAUGCUGGCUCACUGUCAGUGCUUAUUGGGACACCUGACGGGGACAGAGACAUUGUGGAUGUUCACAACAUCUGUGUUUUUGCGGCUGUGGCAAGAUGUCUGCUGUAAGAAAAGGCCUGUAUUGGAGACACAGGGUCCUGACCACAUCGGCCAGAUAAACAAUUCCCUGAAGGAAAUCCGGCACUCAUCUGAUCGCUCAGCUGCCUGCACACCUGCUAUCAACCACUUUCAACUCACCUCAUUGUUUCAUUCACUGUUUGCGAUGCUUGUGUCUGCUUAUUUGUGGCUUGGUCGUAAACUAUAGAUUUAGACCAAGUAAAGACUGGGUAACCCUUUACAGCUCUGUUUGUUGAGGUCACCUCUGUGAGUCCCUUUGUCUGGGUCCAAACACACUACGCUGCACACUUACUGUGGACCCAUUAGUUGAGUCACCUUCUCCUUCAACACACGCUCCAUAUAUACUGUGCAUCCGGGUACUGAGGUCAAGGAGAUCACGCAUGCGCUCAACAUACCCGCCUGUAGGCUUUAAGGAUUUUACUAUGUGAAGCAAAGCCACAUUAGCGGUAUAUGCUGUUGUAAGCUACUAUUGCACUAGUGUUCCGGUGCAGGGGCUUUUAUUGUGAAUAGGGGGACCGGGUCCGAAGAAGAGGAAAGAGAAAAAGGUGUUUAGGAGUUUAGUUUUAUCACCUAUAUAGGCGCACCACAAACCCUCAGCUGCACUGUGUGUAAUCAUUCACUCGGCACAUGUGUGUCGGUUCUGCCUCUUCACGUUGGUGGCUUCUCGGCGAAGAGGAAGGCUGUGAUUUUAAGUUUGGCGGUUAAAGAUAAAAACAUAUAUAUAUAUAUAUAUCGUGUUCGCGAUGUUGGGCACGUUCGUUCGGGUCCUGCUCAGAAAGGCGGAACCGCGGCUGCUGUGCGGCUUCAGAACCUCUCAGGCGCCGUCCAGGCGCAUGACGCGGAGUCGCGCGUGGGCCGCGGGGUCAGCGCCGACAUGUCAGCCACUGGAGGACUGUCUCGUGCUCAACUACGGAGGGACGCGCACGCGGUUUAACUACGUGUGGCUGCGGGACCACUGCCGCUCGCCGUCGGCAUACAAUUCCCAAACUAACCAGAGAAAGCUGGACACCGGCGGCGUAGACCUCGGCAUCCGUCCCGAAAAUGCAACCGUGCAAGAGGGCCAGCUCAUUCUUACGUGGCCUGGAGGUCACGUGUCAGAGUUCAGCCUGAGCUGGCUAGCUGAGAACAGCUAUGAAGCGCAGAAGAAGACCACAGUCCAACCGCGCAUCCUUUGGAAUUACGACAUCUAUAAAAAUGCAAACGUACCAUCUGCCAAAUGGGACACGUUCAUGAGCAGUGAUGAUGAAGUAAAGAAGUUUCUUCAGAACUAUCUUCUGUACGGGAUCGCUUUUGUCGAUGACGUCCCGGCUACAGUAGAGGCCACAGAGACAGUGGCCCAGAGGGUCAGUAUUAUCAGGGAAACUACAUACGGAAGAAUGUGGUGUUUUACUUCCGAUUUUUCUCGAGGAGACAUGGCCUACAGCCAGCUGGCCCUGGACCGCCACACUGACACCUCCUACUUUCAGGAACCAUGUGGAAUACAGGUAUUCCACUGCCUCAAGCACGAGGGCACUGGGGGGCGGACACUACUUGUAGACGGGUUCUACGCGGCUGAAAAAGUGCGAGAGGAGUCUCCUGAAAGCUAUGAGCUGCUUGCACGUGUGCCGAUCAGGCAUGAGUACAUUGAAACCUCGGACCACCACCAAAACCACAUGACAGGGAUCGGCCCGGUGCUCAGCGUCUAUCCUUGGAACAAUGAAAUGUACCUGAUCCGAUACAACAACUAUGACCGAUCGGUGAUAAAUACAGUACCCCAUGACCUUAUUCAGCGAUGGUACGCGGCACAUCGAGACUUGACUACAGAACUAAGGCGGCCAGAGAACGAGCUGUGGGUGAAACUGACUCCAGGAAAAGUGAUUUUCAUAGACAACUGGCGUGUGAUGCACGGGCGGGAGUCUUUCACUGGCCUCCGGCAGCUCUGUGGAUGCUAUUUGACCAGAGACGACGUCCUCAGCUCCGCACGCGGCUUCGGUCUGCUGGCCUGAUGCUGGACAUGGAGGUUCCUUCACCUACGUGCCUCAUUAAUUAGCACUUAGCUUCCGGCUUCAUAUAUUGCCUUUGUGAAAAAAAUGUUUAGUUGUGGUGCCUUUUUAUGAUGCAGAAAAAAAAAUAAAACUAAAGAGAACACUUUUAUUUGGGGGCCAAGCUGCUUUUCACAAGUUUCAUGAGGUCACUCUCUCAUUCUGGCAUGUAUUAACAUGGACGAGAGCCCAUCCCAGUACACCAAAACAAACAACCAAGCUCUGAUUUAUCUUUAGGUCUGGAGCAAAAUAGUGAGUCAAUCCAACACUACCGAGACAUUGUUGGAUUAUUGUAUUUUGUAGGCGAGAUAUAUUUGUACUAAUGACAUCAUCUCAAUCUAAAAGCAAACAAAUCUGAACAUCAUUGUUCUUAGGACGUGUGUCCACCAAUCUGCAGAUCUAAUCAAGUCAUUGCAUGAGAAUCUGUUUUCUUAUUUAUCUGCAAAUAAAAUAGUCUUGGCGAACAAAAA